AUGACGAGGAAACAUAAACUGGAUAACCAGAAACCGAUUAGUGAUGUGUCGAAAGAACCCUCCGGAGCUCAAAAACGUAAGAAACAGAAAGAAAUAGAAGAUAAGGAUAAAAAAUUAAGGAAGCAGGCCGAGCGGUUUUUAAAAGUCACCUACACAGCCUCAUUCGGAUAUCUCAGUGACGAUGUACGUUCGGAUGGUUCACGUAAUCAGGAAGCAAUCGUGUCUGCUCAGAUUGAUUUGGAAACGUCUUCUCUACCCGUUAAAAUUCCUAAUGAAAAUAUUGAAAAUAAAGAAUUUCUGGCGACCUCCGAAGUCGAAAUGGAUGCUGAUGACGACGCUGCAAUUUCAUUGUUUGAUCCGAAUAUUAACGGUCACAAAUUUUCGGGAAGAUAUUUUACUGGAUCAAAGAAGAAUGGCGAAUCAUAUUUUCGUGAUUUGCUGAGAUUCAGCAAGAUUUCUAAUAGCGCAUUUUGUCUUCCAUGUUGCUUUUUCUCCUCCAAAUCUGGAAACAGAUCACCAUGGAGUAAUUGGGGGGUUGGAAAUAUCGGUUUCCAGGAUUUCAAACACGCGAAGCGGGGAGUUGAAGACCACGAGGACAGCCUUAGCCAUUUCGACGCGACGCGGACAUGGAAAUGUUUCCUAAAAAAUGUCAAGGAUCCCACAUCGCUAACAGGCACUUGUGUGAAAACCUAUGAUGAAAACAUCAAUCAUUGGAGAUUGGUUUUGCGUGGAAUAGUAGACGCCGUACUAUUCUUAGCCAAGAAUAAUUUGGCCUUCCAAGGUGGAAGUCAAAAAAUUACCGAUCCAAAUUGUGGAACUUUUCUGAACCUCAUCAAGCUGCUUUCGAACACUCCGGAUUCCUCUCGACAAGAUCAAAUUUCUCAAGUUAUUCGCACAGUGGAAUGCAAAGAAAUGAUUUGCCGAGUUGUUGAAAGUUUUAUAGACUUUAUCACUACGACCAAUAAAACCGGGCUUGGACUCUCUAAAGUCAUCCAGGAGAAGCUGGAAAUGGAUGGAUUGGACUUGAUGGAUUGCAGAGGACAAGGCUACGACAAUGGAGCAAACAUGGCGGGCAUCUAUUCUGGAGUCCAAGCAAGAAUUUUGGAAAUAAAUGACAAGGCAAAAUUUUUACCAUGUGCGGCACAUAGCCUGAACUUGGUGGGGGUUAAUGCAGCGGAGAAAGUUCCUCCCGCAAAGCUGAUUCUUGGCGACGUCCAAAAUAUUUACUUAUUUUUUUCCGGAUCAACAUCAAGAUGGGAUGUUCUUCAAUCCAAAGUCAAGCUAACCCUGAAAUAUCAAAGUAACACAAGAUGGUCAUCAAAAACCGCCGCCGUCUCUGCAUUAUAUGACCAGUACCCAGAAAUCGUUGACGCCCUUACCGAAAUUUCAACCUCAGAGUCUUUCACUUCGGAUGUGAAUGCCAAUGCCCUUAGCAGAUUGCGGGACAUGCUAAACUAUAAAUUUUUACUUGGAAUCACUAUUUGGAACCAGAUUUUGUUCCAAAUAAACAUCUGUAAUCUCAACCUGCAAGAUAAAACAAUUGAUGUGAGUAUAGCCAAGAAGAAAUUAAAUGUCCUCAAAACUUGGUUGGAGAAUUUCAAGGAAACCGGAUUUCAGUCAUCCGAAGUCUUGUCGCAACAAAUUGCCGAAAACAUGGGAAUAGAGAUGUCAAGUGGAUUUGAAAAUAUUCGUCGGGGAAGAGGGAUAAAUCCACGUUAUAUGGACCGUUCGGAUGCUCUGGUUGCGCAAAAGCAAACCAACUAUGAACGAUUUGAAGCCGAUUUUUUUGACAAAUUAAUGGAGAAGCUCAUUUCCGAAAUCUCCCGCAGAUUCGACGCCUUUAAGAAGUGCACGGAGACUUUUGAAUUUUUGUAG